GUGCCCCCAUUUGUGCCCCUGCACGUCGUAAGUGAUUCCAAGUAUGUUGUGGACGGGCUGACUAGGCACCUAGUGGCCUGGGAGCGGAGGGGGUGGAUUGGCGUUGCCAACUCCGCCCUCCUGAUGGAGACCGUGGCGCUCCUCCGCACGCGCAGCGCCCCGACCACGUUCCGCUGGGUCAAGGGCCACGCGAGGCUGCAUGGCAACGAAGAAGCGGACCGCCUGGCGGGCGACGGCGCAAACCUGCCGCCUCCUGUGAGGCCGCUCUUCCUCCCAGCACCGGAUCGGUACGCUGUGCGGGGCGCGUCCCUCCUUUAUCUCACACAGCGGCUCGCUUACCGAGGUAUCCAGAUGUGGAAUAGCAAGCCGGUGAGGCGAGCGACGAUGAGUAACGUCCUUGCAGUGCAAUCGGCGGCUGAAAGCCUAACUGGUGAGUGUCCAAACGUGGCUGCGAUCUGGACACUCUUGCGAAGGGAUCCGAUAGCGAAGAAGGUCCGGGAUUUUCUAUGGAAAGUCCUCCACGGGGGCCAGCGCGUGGGUAAGUAUUGGAGUCACAUCCCGGGCUACGAGGACCGGGCCACCUGUGCCUGUUGCGGUGCCCUAGACACGAUGGAGCACAUCCUCUGCAAGUGUAGUGCAGUGGGCCAGCGUGUGGCGUGGGCGCUGACCCGUGGAGCUCUCAAACGGAAAGGAAUUGACCUCCCAGAUGUUACCCUGGGCAUCGCCCUUGGGGGGCAUGCCCUAGUGCUGACUGAUAGUGAAAGGAAGCCUCUGUGUGGCGCGACGCGUCUUGCACGACUUCUUAUCUCUGAAACGGCCCAUCUUAUUUGGGUGCUGCGCUGCGAGCGUGUCAUCGGUGAACGCCCGCCCCUGCAGAGGGGGGCGGAAGAGGACUAUGUCGAGAACCGAUGGAUGAAAGCUGUCGCGGGCCGCCUCGCGAUGGACUGUGCGCUCACCCGUGUCCGCCUCGCUACAGGCAGCGCCCUCAAGCCGGCUGUGGUUGAGGCCACCUGGACCGGCCUGCUACUAAAUGAAGGGGCCCUUGCCCCGGACUGG